AUGGGGGCGCCGCUGAGCCGCAGCUCCCGGGCUGACUCCAACCAGCAGAACCAACCGGGUGCCAGCAUGCGCUCAGCAGUUCUGCUCCUGGUGCUGGCCGUCAGGAUGUGCGCGGACAGCACGGAACGACCAACAGCUGGCUGCACCUUUGAUGAAGACUCCGACUCUGGCUUAUGUGAGUACAAACAGGGUCAGGAGGAUGACUUCGACUGGCAGCUCAUCAGGACCUACAGCUGGCCACAUCCAACGACAGAUCUUCUGCCAGGGUCCUUUAUGGUGGUGAAUUCCUCGCAGCAUAUGGUGGCCCAGCGAGCACAGCUGCACCUGCUUCCCCUCAGUGAGAACGACACCCACUGCAUCCAGUUCAGCUAUUUCCUGUACAGCCGUGACGGCCACAGUCCCGGGGCCCUCCAGGUUUACAUUCGGGUUAACGGGGGCCCUAAAGGCAGUGCUGUGUGGAACAUCUCUGGCUCCCAGGGGCACCAGUGGCACCAGGUGGAACUCGCAGUCAGCACUUUCUGGCCAAGUGAAUACCAGGUCAUCUUUGAAGCGACUGUUUCCAGUGAUCGGCAGGGAUACAUCGCCUUGGACGACACUGUGCUGCUCAAUUACCCCUGCUACAAGGUGGCUCAUUUCUCCCGGCUCGGUGAUGUGGAGGUGAACGCUGGGCAGAACGCCUCAUUUCAGUGUGUCGCCACUGGCAAAGUUUCUGAGACGGAGCCCUUCAUGCUGGAGCGGAGAAACGGCGUGGUGCUCAACACUUCCCUGCUCUCGCGGCUGAGCCACAAGCGGCUGAUGGCAACUUUUCAGGUGGAGGCCCAUCGUGGAAAGCAGGAUCUCUACCGCUGCAUCACCUUAUCUCCCCGAGGAGCUGCUGUCUCCAACUUUGGAGAGCUCAUUGUGAGAGUGCCCCCGACCCCGAUUGCACCCCCUCAGCUCCUGCGGGCCGGCCCCACUUACUUGAUCAUCCAGCUCAACACUAACUCCAUCGUUGGGGAUGGACCGGUCAUUCGUCGAGAGAUCCAGUACAGGGCUAGCCAAUCAACCUGGACUGAGACUCAUGUCGUGGGCUCUCUUACCUACAAGGUUUGGCACCUGGAACCAGACACAGAGUACCAGAUCAGUGUCCUGCUCACACGUCCUGGGGAGGGGGGCACCGGAGCACCUGGACCCCCGCUAGUCAGCAGGACAAAGUGUGCAGAGCCUAUGCGGGCACUGCGAGGUCUCACAGCCACAGAGAUCCAGCCUCGACAGUUGGUCCUUCAGUGGGAACCACUAGGUUACAACCUGACCCGCUGCCACACAUACUCCUUAUCCCUAUGCUACCGGUACUCCAUGCCAACAGGAAGCAGUGGAGGGAACAAUGCCACGGUCAGAGAAUGCCUGUCAGUGGACCGCAACACUUCUCACUUCACCCUAAGGGACCUGCCACCCUUUCGCACAGUCCACGUGCGACUGGCGCUGUCCAAUCCGGAGGGCAAGAAGGAAAGCAGGGAGAUUACCUUCCAGACAGAGGAAGACAUUCCUGGGGGCAUUGCUCCGGAGUCCUUGACGUUCACCCCACUCGAUGACAUGAUCUUUCUCAAGUGGGAGGAGCCUGUAGAACCCAAUGGUCUUAUCACACAGUAUGAGAUCAGCUAUCAGAGUAUCGAGUCUUCGGACCCGGGCAUUAAUGUGCCUGGCCCUCGUCGUACCGUGUCCAAACUGAGGAAUGAAACCUAUCACAUGUUCUCGGGCCUGCAUCCUGGAACCACCUACCUGGUGUCAGUCCGUGGCCGCACCGCCAAAGGCUUCGGUCAGACAGCCCUCACUGAGAUCACCACCAACAUCUCAGCUCCUGUAUUCGACUACGAAGACAUUCCCUCUCCGCUGAGCGAGUCAGAGAGUACUAUCACUGUUCUUCUUCGCCCUGCCCUGGGGAGAGGAGCUCCUGUCAGUGCUUAUCAGGUGGUGGUGGUGGAGGAGGAUGGGUCCCGUAAGGUAAGGAGAAGGGAACUAGGCUCCGUGGACUGUUUCCCUUCUCCAAACUCACACAAUGAGGCCCAGGUUAAAGGGUCCCCUCAUUACUACACAGCUGAGCUAGCUCCUAGCAGUCUGCCUGAGGCCACGCCUUUCACCGUGGGCGACAAUCACACCUACAACGGCUACUGGAACAGUCCUUUAGACCCUACUAAGAACUACCUCAUCUACUUCCAAGCCACCAGCAACUUCAGAGGGGAGACCAGAAUAAACUGCAUCAGGAUUGCUCGCAAAGCUGCCUGUAAGGACUCAAAGACAGCUCUGGAGGUAUCCCAGCACGCUGAGGACAUGGGUCUGAUCCUGGGAGCCUGUGCCGGAGGUCUGGUGGUCCUCAUCCUGCUGCUGGGGGCUAUUGUCAUCAUUGUGAAGAAGGGAAGGGACUUCUAUUCUUACCCCUAUUACCCCAGGAAGAAGGUGGUCAUCAACAAGGCAGCCAUGGCCUACCGACAGGAGAAGAGUCAAAAGCUGAGCUCUUUGGACUGCAGCAUGACAGAGCAGAGCACGCUCCAGCAGGAUGAAAGGAUGGCCAACCCCUUCAUGGACACCCACGGCUGCAACUCUCGAAAUGAGCAGCGCAGCUCUGUUAACGAGUCCAGCAGCUUACUGGGAGGCUCACCCCAACGUCACUGUCAGAGGAAAAACUCACCUUAUCACACAGGUCAGCUCCACCCUGCUGUAAGGGUGGCUGACCUCCUACAGCACAUCAACCAGAUGAAGACGUCCGAGGGCUACGGCUUCAAGCAGGAGUAUGAAAGUUUCUUCAAUGGCUGGGACGUCACAAAAAAGAAAGAUAAGACCAAAGGAAGACACGACAACUUGCUCAGCCAUGAUCGCCAUCGUGUCAAGCUCCACUCUCUGCUCGCAGACCCCAGUUCUGAAUACGUCAAUGCGAACUACAUAGACAUUCGGAUAAACAGGGAAGGUUAUCAGCGAUCAAACCACUUCAUUGCCACUCAAGGGCCCAAUCAAGAGAUGAUCUACGAUUUUUGGCGAAUGGUUUGGCAGGAAAAUUGCUUCAGUAUCGUCAUGCUCACCAAGCUGGUAGAAAUCGGCAGGGAGCAGUAUGUGUUCAUCCACGAUGCCAUCCUGGAGGCUUGCCUGUGUGGAGAAACCGCCAUCCCUGUUUCUGAGUUUGCUCUCAGCUAUAAGGAGAUGUUGAAGGUCGACUCUCAGAGCAACUCAUCACAGCUCAGAGAGGAGUUUCAGACCCUGAACUCUGUUACUCCUCACCUGGAUGUGGAGGAGUGCAGCAUCUCCUUGAUGCCCAGGAACCGUGAGAAGAACCGCAGCAUGGACGUUCUUCCACCUGACCGUUCCCUGGCUUUUCUCAUCACCACUGAGGGAGAAAGCAGCAACUACGUGAACGCAGCGCUGGCUGACAGCUUCCUCCGACCUGCCGCCUUUGUGGUGACGCCGCACCCACUGCCCGGCACCACCACCGACUUCUGGAGGCUAGUGUAUGACUACGGCUGCACAUCUGUGGUGAUGCUCAACCAGCUCAACCAGUCCAACUCUGCAUGGCCCUGUCUGCAGUAUUGGCCGGAGCCAGGGCUACAGCAGUUCGGGCCCAUGACAGUGGAGCUUCUUUCCAGGACCGCUGACGAAGACAUCAUCAUCCGUCUCUUUCGGAUUCAGAACAUCACUCGUGUAAGCGGAUUGAGGAGACAUCUUUUUGGGACUGAUGGCCUCAAUCUGAACAACUCAGGUACCCGUAUUCUAACUGCCAACCUGGACUACAAGGCAGUGGACAAUGGUGCGUCCCUCCUCACACUCCCUCUGCCAGUUGUGAACCUGAGCCAAGAGGCUGAGGAAGGCCUUCUUGGAGUCGGGCACAUCGCGGUACGGGGACCAACGCAGGAACUGGAAGUGGCGCACCACAAGAAUGGUGGUGGACGAAGCGGUACCUUUUGUGCAUGUACCAUGAUCCUGGAAAUGAUUCGCCAUCACAGUUUGGUGGACGUGUUCUUCUCUGCCAAAACACUGCGCAACUCGAAGCCAAACAUGGUGGAGACGAUGGAGCAGUACCGGUUCUGCUAUGAGCUGGCCCAGGAGUACCUGGAUUGUUUGGAAGUCAGAUAG